GUAUCUGUGGUAUUUAGUCUUACUAGCCUGAUAGACUGAUUCUAUUCAUGACUCUCUUUAAGCCAUUUCCUGCUCCUUUAGCUUCAGAAAAUCUCUUAACCUCCCUUGCAGAAUCUCCUUUGCUUCCUUCCUCCCCUAGGAUGACUAAAAAUCUCUUCUCCACUACCAGAUGGUGAAACUGCUACACAACGAGGUGUUAUUCAGUAUCUUUCUCAAGUUCAUGCAGUGUCACAUUUGAAGAUGGGCACUGAGAACAAGGAACCAACUGAAAAGUAUGAACAUGUGGGAGACACAGAAUCUAAGUGGCUCAAAGUGGAAAGUCUUCACAAGGAUCCUGUGCAGGAAUCUAAGGUUGGUGAGACAAGUGACUGGGAUAACAGAGUAGAGAAUCAAUGGGAAAAGCCUGCAGGAAACCUGAAGGAUGACAACCGUGGCAUCAGGGAAGUAGUUGGAAAAGCCAAGAACGUGGCAAACGUAAAGACGGAGCAGGGAGAUGAGGUGUGUGAGAACAGCUCACGGGUGAGCCCCAAACAGGUCACACGCCAGGCCGUCCCUACAGAGCAGAAAAGCAGUGAACAAGGCAAAUGUGUGGAGAACAUUAAUGGAAAUUCUCAACCCCGUCUGCAGGAGAAAACCCGUGCUGUUAAGAAAUCACAUAAAUGUGAUGAGUGUGGGAAAUCCUUCAAAUAUAAUUCCCGUCUUGUUCAACAUAAAAUUAUGCACACAGGCGAAAAACGCUAUGAGUGUGACGACUGUGGAGGGACCUUCCGGAGCAGCUCAAGCCUUCGGGUCCACAAGCGGAUCCAUACUGGUGAGAAGCCGUACAAGUGUGAGGAAUGUGGGAAAGCUUACAUGUCCUACUCCAGCCUUAUAAACCACAAAAGCACCCAUUCUGGGGAGAAGAACUGUAAGUGUGAUGAGUGUGGAAAAUCCUUCAACUAUAGUUCUGUUUUGGACCAGCACAAAAGGAUCCACACUGGGGAGAAGCCCUAUGAAUGUGGUGAGUGUGGGAAGGCCUUCCGGAACAGCUCUGGGCUCAGAGUCCACAAACGGAUCCACACAGGGGAGAAACCCUAUGAAUGUGACAUUUGUGGGAAAACCUUCAGUAACAGCUCUGGCCUCAGGGUCCAUAAAAGGAUCCACACUGGUGAGAAGCCUUAUGAAUGUGAUGAGUGUGGAAAGGCCUUCAUUACUUGCAGAACACUUCUCAAUCAUAAAAGUAUCCACUUUGGAGAUAAACCCUAUAAAUGUGAUGAGUGUGAGAAAUCUUUUAACUAUAGCUCUCUUCUCAUUCAGCACAAAGUCAUCCACACUGGAGAGAAACCUUACGAAUGUGAUGAAUGUGGGAAGGCUUUCAGAAACAGCUCAGGCCUCAUAGUCCAUAAACGGAUCCACACAGGAGAGAAACCUUACAAGUGCGAUGUGUGUGGCAAGGCUUUCAGCUAUAGCUCAGGCCUUGCAGUCCAUAAAAGCAUUCACCCUGGGAAGAAAGCCCAUGAAUGUAAGGAUUGUGGGAAAUCUUUUAGUUAUAACUCACUCCUUCUUCAGCAUAGAACUAUUCACACUGGAGAGAGACCUUAUGCAUGUGAUGUAUGUGGGAAAACUUUCAGAAACAAUGCAGGCCUCAAAGUUCACCGGAGGCUCCAUACUGGGGAAAAACCAUACAAGUGUGAUGUGUGUGGGAAAGCCUAUAUCUCACGCUCUAGCCUUAAAAAUCACAAAGGAAUCCAUCUUGGGGAGAAGCCCUAUAAAUGUAGCUAUUGUGAAAAAUCCUUUAACUAUAGCUCUGCUCUUGAACAGCAUAAAAGAAUUCAUACAAGGGAAAAACCCUUUGGCUGUGAUGUAUGUGGAAAAGCUUUCAGAAAUAAUUCUGGCCUUAAAGUACAUAAACGAAUCCACACUGGAGAGAGACCUUACAAAUGUGAAGAAUGUGGCAAAUCCUACAUCUCACUCUCAAGCCUUAUAAAUCAUAAGAGCAUACACCCUGGAGAGAAGCCCUUUAAGUGUGAUGAGUGUGAGAAAGCCUUCAUUACAUACCGAACUCUUUUAAACCACAAAAGAGUUCAUCUUGGAGAGAAGCCCUACAAGUGUGAUGUAUGUGAGAAAUCUUUUAAUUACACCUCACUCCUUUCUCAACACAAAAGGGUCCACACUAGAGAGAAACCCUAUGAAUGUGACAGGUGUGAGAAGGUCUUCAGAAACAACUCAAGCCUUAAAGUUCAUAAAAGAAUCCAUACUGGUGAGAAGCCCUAUGAAUGUGACGUGUGUGGGAAAGCUUAUAUCUCGCAUUCAAGCCUUAUUAACCAUAAAAGUACCCACCCUGGCAAGACACCCUAUACGUGUGAUGAAUGUGGAAAAGCUUUUUUCUCAAGCAGAACUCUUAUAAGCCAUAAAAGAGUCCAUCUUGGGGAGAAACCUUUCAAGUGUGUUGAAUGUGGGAAAUCUUUCAGUUACAGCUCUCUCCUUUCACAACACAAGAGGAUCCACACGGGGGAGAAACCCUAUGUCUGUGACAGGUGUGGAAAGGCGUUCAGGAACAGCUCAGGCCUCACAGUGCAUAGAAGGACCCACACAGGUGAGAAACCCUAUGAAUGCGAUGAGUGUGGGAAGGCCUACAUCUCACACUCGAGUCUUAGCAACCACAAAAGCGUCCACCGUGGGAAGCAGCCCUAUAAUUGUGAGUGUGGGAAAUCCUUCAAUUAUAGAUCGGUCCUUGACCAACAUAAAAGGAUCCACACUGGAAAGAAGCCAUACCGAUGUAUUGAGUGUGGUAAGGCUUUUAAUAUCAGAUCAAAUCUCACCAAGCAUAAAAGAACCCAUACUGGAGAGGCGUUUGUACAUGUGACAAAUGUGGGAAGUCACAGUGGGACAUCCCAGAGGACCUGUGAGGGAGGGAAUGCUCUGGAUGGGACCAGGAUGAGGAUGCCUCUGUGGCAGGCUGAGUUUACCUGUGAGGGAGGGAAUGCUCUGGAUGGGACCAGGAUGAGGAUGCCUCUGUGGCAGACUGAGUUUACCUGUGAGGGAGGGAAUGCUCUGGAUGGGACCAGGAUGAGGAUGCCUCUGUAG